AUGGCCCUCCAAGAUCAUUUCAAGCCUCGUCCCUCCGACCUCAUCCUCGUCACCCCGCCCAAAUCCGGCACCACCUGGCUUAAAGCACUCCUGUUCGCUAUCAUGAACCGCACCAAGUACACCUUCGCUCAACACCCUCUGCUCACCCGCAACCCCCACGAGUGUGUACCCUUCUUAGAGAUCCUCUUUCGCGAUCAAAUCUCCGACCUGGAGGCGAUCCCUCCGCCGAGGCUCCUCGCCACGCACUUGCCUUACUCCAUAUUGCCGACCUCUGUGGCGGACUGCGGUUGCCGGCUAGUUUAUCUAUGUCGAGACCCCAAGGAUGUGGUGGUCUCGCUGUGGCACUUCGCGCGUAAGGACAGGCCCGACAUGGGUCUGAGCGAAGCCUUCGAGUUGUUUUGCGACGGGGUCUCGUUGUCCGGGCCGAUCUGGGAUCAUAUCCUCGAGUACUGGAGGGAGAGCCUGAGGAGGUCUGAGAAGGUGCUGUUCUUGAAGUACGAGGAGAUGAUGGCCGAGCCGGUGGGGAACGUGAGAAGGCUAGCGGAAUUCGUGGGGCGUCCCUUCUCGGAGGAAGAGGAGAAGGAUGGGGUGGUGGAGGAGAUUGUACAACUGUGCCGUUUUGAGAAGCUCAGCAGUAUGGAGGUGAAUAAAAAAGGUGCAUACGAAUUAGGGGGGUUAACUCUGCCGCGUGAGUCGUUUUUCAGAAAAGGCAAGGUUGGAGAUUGGGCAAAUCAUAUGAGUCGUGAAAUGGGGGAGAAGUUGGACCGAAUUGUCCAAGAGAAGAUGGCUGGAUCCGGUCUGAGCUUCCAAGCAUCGUGA